GCUACAAACUCAUAGAGAGGGAGGGAGAGAGAGAGAAGGUAUGUGUAAGAGAGGGAGAGAGUAAGAAAGAGGGAGAGUAAGAUAAAUAUUAAGAGAGCGAUAGAGAAUAAGAGAGGGAAAAAGGUAAAGAGAGAGUAAGAGAGAAAGUGUGUGUGAGAGAAAGAGUCUGAGAGAGGAAGUGGAAGAGAGAGAGAGACCUAGGAGGUGCAGCAGAAGUUGUGUGAUUGUAUCAGUGUGUCCCAAAGCAACAGUACUCUGAGGCUGAAGCAGAGCAGCAGGUUCUAUCAUCUGUCAGGCAACAGUCUGCAGGUUACGAUAUGGAUCUAGAGGAGUUUGACAACGUGACUCUGAGGUACAACGUCACCAACUGUCCAUCUAUCGAUGAAUUCCGUAACCAGGUGUACUCUACGGUGUACUCUAUCAUCACCGUGUUCGGCCUGGCCGGUAAUGGGUUCGCCUUGUUGGUUCUGGUUAAAACGUUCCGUCAGCGUUCUGCGUUCCACAUCUACAUGUUGAACCUGGCCGUGUCCGACCUACUGUGUGUCUCCACGCUGCCGCUACGGGUCCUCUACUACGUUAAUAAGGGUCAUUGGAACCUGGGAGACUUCCUGUGCAGACUUUCGUCCUAUGCCCUCUACGUGAACCUCUACUGCAGCGUGUUCUUCAUGACUGCCAUGUCCGUCACACGCUUCCUCGCCAUCGUGUUCCCCGUGCAGAACCUGCGCCUGGUCUCAGAGCGUCGUGCCCGUCUGGUGUGUGUCUGUAUCUGGGUGUUCAUCUGCACUGUCUCCUCCCCCUUCCUCAUGACUGGUCAACACCUCCACCCAGCCACCAAUAAGACCAAGUGCUUCGAGCCUCCAGAGCGCAGAACAGGGGGCGGGCUUAAUAAGCUCAUCAUGCUCAACUACUUAUCAUUGGCUGUGGGCUUCGUCCUUCCCUUCCUGGUCAUCCUGCUGUGCUACAUCGGGAUCAUUCGGGCCCUGCUGUCACGGCAACAUACUGCACAGCGCCAGAAGGGGGCGGGGUCUAAGGCUAUCCGAAUGAUCGUCAUUGUGAUGCUGGCAUUCCUGCUGUGCUUCAUGCCGUACCACAUCCAGCGCUCCGUCCACCUCAGCUUCCUGUCCCAGACUGCCACUUCCUGUUCGGAGCUGGUGUACAUGCAGAAGAGUGUGGUGGUGACACUCUGUCUGGCUGCCUCCAACUCCUGCUUCGACCCCCUGCUCUACUUCUUCUCUGGAGAGGGCUUCAGACGACGCCUGUCAAGCUUCAGGUCCACUAUCAGGACACAGAGACAACCGCAGAGACAGGGGUCACAGCCACCGCUGGGGAGGGCAACAAAGAGAGAGAGAGAACCGGUCCUACCCAGCACAGCAGAGACAAAGGGCACAGCCACCCCUGGGGAGGGGAACAAGCUAUAGGGGAGAGAGAAAGAGAGUUAAUCUGUCUAGUGUCUGUGUUCUAUUGCCCAUCUUAAUAUUUUCUUUUUUUUGGCCAGUCUGAGAUAUGGCUUUCUCUUUGCAACACUGCCUAGAAGGCCAGCAUCCCAGAGUCGCCUCUUCACUGUUGACAUUGAGACUGGUGUUUUGCGGGUACUAUUUAACUUCUUAUGGUAUAGGGGACGCUUGCGUCCCACUUGGCCAAAAGCCAGGGAAAAUGCAGCGCGGCAAAUUCAAAUAAUGUUCUGUAAAAAUCUAACUUUAAAUCACACAUCUAAGAUACCUAAUUAAAGCUACACUCGUGAAUCCAGCCAACAUGUCAGAUUUUUAAAAGGCUUUUCGGCGAAAGCAUAAGAAGCUAUUAUCUGAGGAUAGUACAACAGUAAACAAAGAGGGUAGCAUAUUUCAACCCCUGCAGGCGCUACACAAAACGUAGAAAUAAAAUAUAAAACAUGCCUUACCUUUCAAGAGCUUCUUUUGUUGGCACUCCAAUAUGUCCCAUAAACAUCACAAUUGGUCCUUUUGAUCGAUUAAUCCCGUCCAUAUAUAUCCAAAAUGUCCAUUUAUUUGGCGCAUUUGAUCCAGAAAAAAACAGCUUCCAAAUUAGCGCAACAUCACUACAAAAUAUUUCAAAAGUUACCUGUAAACUUUGCCAAAAACAUUUCAAACUACUUUUGUUAUACUACUUUAGGUUUUUUUAAACGUUAAUAAUCGAUCAAAUUGAAGACGGGUCUAUCUGUGUUCAAUACAGGAAGACAACAAACCAAGCUACUUUUCAAGUCUUGCGCAACUCUCAACAGUGUUACGCAGUUCCUAGAUGGCCGUACUUCUUCAUUGCACAAAGGAAUAACCUCAACCAAAUUCCAAAGGCUGGUGACAUCCAGUGGAAGCGGUAGGAACUGAAAACAAGUUCCUAAGUAAUAUUGUUUCCCAAUGAGAAAAUCACUGGACAGAGACCUACUCCCUGUGAAGGGAGUAGUACAUGGCAUUGUACGAGAUCUUAAUUUUCUUGGCAAUUUCUCACAUGGAAUAGCCUUCAUUUCUCAGAACAAGAAUAGACUGACAAGUUUCAGUAGAAAGGUCUUUGAUUCUGGCCAUUUUUUGUCUGUAAUCGAACCCAAAAAUGCUGAUGCUACAGAUACUCAACUAGUCUAAAGAAACCCCGUUUUAUUGCUUCUUUAAUCAGAACAACAGUUUUCAGCUGUGCUAACAGAAUUGCAAAACGGUUUUCUAAUGGUCAAUUAGCCUUUUAAAAUUAUACACUUGGAUAAGCUAACACAACGUGCCAUUGGAACACAGGAGUGAUGGUUGCUGAUAAUGGGCCUCUGUACAUCUAUGUAGAUAUUCCAUAAAAAAUCUGCCAUUUCCAGCUACAAUAGUCAUUUACAACAUUAACAAUGUCUACACUGUAUUUCUGAUCAAUUUGAUGUUUAUUUUAAUGGUAAAAAAAAUGAUUUUAUUUCAAAAACAAGGACAUUUCUAAGUGACCCCAAACUGUUAAAUGGUGGUGUUUUGUAACGUCUGCUUCCAACUCACACUCUGUAACACAUAGAUCCCCUGAACACAGCUCACUCUGUAACACAUAGAUCCCCUGAACACAGCUCACUCUGUAACACACAGAUCCCCUGAACACAGCUCACUCUGUAACACAUAGAUCCCCUGAACACAGCUCACUCUGUAACACAUAGAUCCCCUGAACACAGCUCACUCUGUAACACAUAGAUCCCCUGAACACAGCUCACUCUGCAACACAUAGAUCCCCUGAACACAGCUCACUCUGUAACACACAGAUCCCCUG